UAGGGGUGUCGGUAGUGUUGUGGCGAUGGUUAAACAAAGGAAAUAGAACUGAUGUACUUGAGAUCAAACUCGUUAUAGGGGAGACAAGUAGAUGCCACUGUACGAAGGAUUUGUCAAACAUUGAUCUGACCCCUAGAAAGUUCAAAGACAUGACCUGGACAACAUACGAACCUCGGAACUUCCAUAUUCGCGUGGCGUGCGAGACCGGGGUGUACUUGUGUGUGGAUAGAAACAUAACAUGUGUUUAUGGAUACCCUAUCAGAGAAAGACGAGAGAUGAGCUUGUUUAAAUUUGGCGUCCGGUUUUUUAAGUGCAAAGCAAUGGAUUCCAAGAGGCGGUAUCAGGCGUACUUUGGAUGCGUUUUUAUAUUCGAGGAUGAAGGUCAACUCUUCGACAUUUCUUCAACGCUUGGUGAAGAGUCCGCCGCUGUGAUACUCAAGCCACAUACAGCCUUCAGCCUGGAUAGCCCUGACGAGCGCUUUUUCUUAAUGCACGGGAUCGAAGACGGAGAUGACAUGUUUGAAUCUUUGAAUUAUGAAAAUAUGUGCAUGAAAAUUGAAAUUUCGUCCCAGAAAAUUGUGAUGCAAUACCUAGGAAUCUCAAACCCAGUGACAAAGAAAUCAUUCAAGAUUACUAAGCCUUCUUUCAAAUUUCAAACCUUUUCUAUAAAAGCUGCCAAAGAGCUGAUGGAGAGUUAUCCUGGUCACCAGAAGAAAUCGAAAGGAAGAGGAUUGCUGUUCCUCUGUUUUGGUAUCGGGGCGUCGUUCGACAUUUCCAAUGUUCCGUGUUUAGAAUGGAGUUCUUUCGCAUUGGAGGCGAUUAACAGUAGUGUUAGGAAAUCCAUCUAUUUGAAAUAGAUAUAAAUGUUUGUGGUGCCAGAUAUGUUUUUGAAGUUUAACAUCAAACGACUUGACAGAACUUUAUCAUGGUAUUCGAGUGCCCCUACCGGUAGAUUGGAAGGGGGAGUGUGAAGCGCCAUUUUCUAUGUCUAUACGUCUAUUUGUCCGUCAGUCAAAGUCAUAGGCGCUCGGGUCAUGGAUAAUGUAAAAAUAAAAAAAAAAAAAAAAAAAAAAUAGAGCUAUCGAACAAAUUUGAACUAUGGUUGUAACAUUUUUUUUUCAACUUCCAUGAUUUGGGUUUUUAUUUUCUGUAAUCUAUUUUGCUUAUUAUAUACUGGUAUGCUGUAAAAAUUUAAUUUCAUAAACGUUUGAAAGUUAAUUUCACCUACCGUAUACUAAAACAAAACUUUUAAAUUUACAUUAUUCGUGACCCAAGCGCCUAUGGUCAAACUUUGUUUCACUUCGUUUACAAGUUGUUCUCUUUCGUUGUCAUAAUUUGAAAUGUUGAUUUAAAACUUUUUGUGUAGUCUUCUGUGAAAUAGGAUUUUGGUUUUCAUUACUCGCUUUUACCAUCUUCGCUGGCCAAGGGUUUUUAGUUCACUCCGCUCCCCAUAUAUGGAAAUAACCAUAACCAUAAGUCAUACCCCUUUCGAACUUAGAAUUUCGAGCCCGUCUGUCCUGUUCUUGUCAAUACAACGUUGACAAGAACAGGACAGACGGACUCGAAAUUCUCUAAGACCACUCGACAGAAUUUCGUGAAACUUUGUCGUUAAUAAGGACACAUUGUGUAGUUGUGCAUAUUUCCUGAAAAUUCUGAUUCAAUAUUUUUUUUGGAGUUAUGCCCCUUUUAAACUUAUUAUUUCGAGGUCGUCUAGCACGUUCUUGCAGUAAUGCAUAGCAUUACCAUUCAUUAUGUGAGACAUUCCCAAGCAAUUUUGGGGCAUGUGAGCUUGCUUACUUUUUCUUUUUUCAUAAUCAUCGUGUUGUUACAUUUAAGGUGGCUCACUACACCUUGAAAUAGUUUAUCAAAUUAGUACGAAUUGGUUUAAUCAUAAAAGAUUUGAUGAUAUAUAAUAAGUAUAUAUGCCAAAAAGGCAGAAAAUACGCAAAUUUGGAUAAAAACAUGAUUUUCAAAAAAUUCAUUUCAACAUAUAUGAACAAAAGACUCUUGCGGAUUUGAACUCGAGAUUUGCGAUUCACCAACCCAAUGCUUUAACCACUGAGCUACGAUGAUGGACAAACAAAUCAAUCGAUACAAAUAAUUUCACAAAACAUUUAAAUCGCCUUCUUGUGACGUAGUGUCAUAACGAGUAUAAGCUUUAGUGUAGUGGGUGACCUUAAGACUGGUAAAAUUAUCCUUUAUGAAAGUAACAUGUAUUUAGUAGUCAAUUAUGUUUCGUUUUAUGUCUCUUGAGAUUUUUUCUCACUCAUAUUGAGACGUCACCAGCUGAAGGUAAAAUACCACAAAUUUAGACCUAUGCUACAGGUAUGAGCUCCGUACAAAAUACUCGAAAAAAAAUCAUAAUUGAAUAUUCCUUAAAUAACUAUGUUUUGGAUCAUGAUAUUAUUUAUAAAUAUUAGUCUGGGUUCCAACAAGAUGAUUCAAGAACAAAUCAACGUAUUGAAAUUUAUAAUACAAUUAUUCCAAAUCUUGACAAAGAUGUAAAGUUUAUAUUUUGUGACAUUGCAAAAGCCUUUGAUAGAAUCUGACACAUAGGUAUCUCGUUUAUAAGAUACAAAUCUAUGGUAUGUCAAAACAAAUAAUGAAAUGGGUAGAAAGCUAUUUAACCAACAGGUCACAUUGAGUGGUCCUAGAUGGAUUUACAUCUUCUCCAAGAUCUACACAUUCAGGUAUUCCUCAGGGAUCUCUUUUAGGGCCAUUUUUGUUCUUUAUUUCCGAAAAUGUACAAAAUAUCAUUCUUUGUUAUUAUGUAUGUUUACCUAUUUCACAAAAAUCUGCGAGGUAAAAAUUCACGGGCGCCACCCGAUGACUGUUUACUCAUCCAUUGUCUGUUCAUCACGCGUUUAUGAAUCUUCAUUUCAAUGUAUGUAUAUAUAUGGCGAGAAACCAUUUAUCUCGAUUUUAUUGUCAUUUGCAAAAUAACACUGUUUGUUGUGCAUAUAAAAUCAUUUGCUGUGUAUUGAGUGGUUUGUCUUGUUAGCUCACCCAAGCUGAAAGCUCAAGUGAACUUUUUCGAUCACUUUUCGUCCGGCGUCCGUCUGUCUGUCCCCUGUCUGUCCGUAAACUGUUUACAUUUUCGACUUAUUCUCCAGAACCGCUUGGCCAAUUUCAAUUAAACUUGGCACAAAGCAUUCUUGGGUAAAGCGCUUUGAGUUUGUUCAAAUGAAGAGCCGCCCCCUUAAAAGGGGAGAUAAAUACGAAAAUGCAAACUUGGGUAGGGUCAUUUAAAAAUCUUUUCAAGAAGCAUCGGGCCAGUAAAGUUGAAAUUUACAUGAAAGCUUCCUGAUAUUGUGCAGAUUCAAGUUUGCUCAAAUCAUGGCCUCCGGUGGUAUGGUGGGGCCACAAGAGAGAAUAAAGUUUUACAUGCAAAUAUAUAGGAAAAAUCUUUUAAAAUCUUCUCAAGAAUCACCGGGCCAGGGGAAAAAAUGGAAAUUUACAUGAGAGCUCAAUGAUAUAUUGCAAAUUCGAGUUCAAAUCAUGAUCCCCGUGGGUAGGGUGGGGCCACAAUAGGGGAUCAAAAUUUUAUAUUUAAGAUACAUUGAGAUUUUUUUAAAACAACCUUCUUCUCAAGAACCGCUGGGUCAGAAAAUUGGAAAUUCACAUAAAAUCUUCCUGACAUAGAGUAGAUUGAAGUUUGUUCAAAUCAUGGUCCUCGUGGUUAGGAUGGGGCCACAAUAGGUGAUCAAAGUUUGUAUGUAGGAAAAAUCUUUAUAAAUUUUAUCUUGAACUAUUUAAGCUAGGGCUUUCAUAUUUUGUUUAUACAUUCGUUAUGGAAGGACCUAUCAUGUGAUUUUACAGUGUGCGAUCUUGUGACCUCGACCUGGACGUUUGACCUACUUUUAAUAAAAUUGUGACCAAUUCAAUAUGUCCUGAACUAUUAAAGGUAUAUCUUUCAUAUCUUUUAUAUCAAUGUCUUAUAGUAAGACCUUUCAUUCCAUAUCAUGCCCUUUGAUCUUGUGGCUUUGAACUCUGAGUUGACCUACUUUUUAGAAAACAUAACCUAUUAAAUAUAUCCAGAACUAUUUUAGGUAGGGCUUUCAUACUUUGUAUAUAUAGAUUCUUUAUGGUAAGACAUUGUUAUACUUUGGUGUUUGACCUUGAGACCUUGAACAAUGACAGGGCCAAUAUAGCUCAGGUGAGCGAUAUGGCCCAUGGGCCUCUUUUAAUGCAUAUUGUUCGAUAACCGUUUAUUUUGCAGUUACGUCUGUUUGUCACAUACCAGACCGUUAAUGUGGCUUUCAUGUAUAUUUGUUUUGCAAAAACGUCAGUUGAUUAAGCAUGUAAUUGUCAUUGAAAUUGAACUUUUUUAUUUUCUCUUAUGUGAUGUUUUUGCCCUUUGCGCCACUCAUAGUCUUAUAAGGAAUAGAUAGAAAAUUAACUAUUUCUGAUUGUAAUUAACUGCCAGUUAAGGAAUUUUUCUAAGAAAUAAUUGUAAUGACUUACGAUAGAAGAAGCAAUUAAUUCUUCCAC